CUCACUCAGCUUGUCAGCAGGCAAUUCAGUUGGCCAGACCAAGCCAGACGAGAGCAGACGUGAUUAGAGCAGCCAGCUAAGAGAGAGAGAGAGAGAGAGAAGAGAAAGAAAGAUAGAGAGACAGAAGGAGAAAGGGAAAAGAAAGAUAGAGAGAAAGAAGGAGAAAAGAGACGGAGGAACAACAACAACAACAAUUAACAAUAAUUAAUUAAUAUAUAAUCAACAUUGCAACGAUGACUGCGAGCUGUAAAAAUUCGAUCUGUGCAGAAUCUUCAACAAGAUAUAAGAUCUGUAAUCGAAUUCCCCAGGCAACACUGGACAAGCUCCGUGAUGAGUUCAUCGCCAACGACCGACUCAUGUUUACGCAGGGUGUAUGCAACCAUGUCAACAUCAACGAGAUAUCCCGUUGUCCUCGGCAACUACUUGACGUUAACCAUGUUUUCAAUGUCAAGGUCGAAGAAGCAAAACCAGUGACCCACCAGAGAGCAUCGGGGCGAUGUUGGAUAUUUGCUGCACUCAAUCAGAUGAGAAUCCCAUUCAUGGAAAAAUUUGAAGUGCCAGAGUUUGAAUUCAGCCAAGCAUAUCUGUUCUUUUGGGAUAAACUUGAGAGAAGCAACUUCAUCCUGGAUGCGUUCAUUGACUGCGCUCGCAACGGCAACACGGCCGGCAGCCGAGUGGUUGACCACUUGCUGGUCAAUGCCUCCGAUGAUGGUGGCCAAUGGGACAUGUUGGUCAACUUGAUUUCCAAAUAUGGUAUUGUACCAAAGAAUAUCUACCCAGACACCGUGUCCUGUGAGGCUUCUAGAUAUUUGGUCAGCAUCAUCAGUCACAAGAUGCGAGAAUACUGCAAAAUCCUUCAAGAAAAUGUCGUAAAGGGAGUUACAGAUGCUGAUCUACAGGUUCUAAAAGAGGGAAUGGUUAAAGAGUUAUACACCAUCCUGUCUGUUACCUUGGGUACGCCGCCCAAAGAGUUCGUCUGGGAUUAUUACAAUAAAUCAAAGGUUUAUCACUCUAUCGGACCCAUCUCACCUCAUGAUUUCUACCACGAACACAUCAAACCCGUGUUUGAUGUCUCAGAUAUGGUAUGUUUGGUGAAUGACCCUCGUCCCAGCAGCCUCUACAACAAGACCUACACAGUAGAAUACCUGGGUAACAUGACUUCGGGUAACCCUGUCAUCUACAUCAACCAACCCAUCGAAAAACUCAAACACUAUGCACUGAUGCAGCUGCAGAGUAAAAAGAGUGUGUGGUUUGGCUGUGAUCAUUCCCAUCAGAACCAGUUGAAAGGUAUUGGCUGCCUGGAUAUGAGAGCGUAAGUAACACCCUUGCUGUCAAAUGUUCCCUCGUGCACCAAUCGUUGCCUUUUCUUAUAACAGACACGG